UUGCAGAAGGAAUAUGGCGACGAUAAACAAGCAGAAAACAAGUACCAUUUUGGAUAAACCUCUAGGGAAAGGAAAACCAGAGGUUAAUGUUGCUACUUUUGCCCUCUUGUUCUCGGAGAUGGUACAAUACUGCCAAAACAGAGUAUACAGUGUGUCUGAGCUUCAAACAAAAUUAUCAGAGUUAGGCCAACACGUUGGUUCUCAUAUGCUGGACCUACUGUUUGUCAGAGAGAAGGGAUAUAAAAGGGAAACAAAGCUCCUCAAUAUGCUCUUAUUUAUAAAGAACAAUUUCUGGAAGACUUUGUUUGGAAAGGAAGCAGACAGAUUAGAGCAUUCCAAUGAUGACGAGAAAACUUAUUAUAUUAUAGAAACAGAACACCUAGUCAACAAAUAUAUAUCUGUCCCUAAAGACAAAGGUAAACUGAAUUGUGCGGCAUUUACUGCUGGUAUAAUAGAGGCUGUACUCAAUGGAGCAAACUUUCCUGCCAAAGUUACAGCUCACUGGCAUAAAGGGACAACAUUUAUGAUAGAAUUCGAUGAAACUGUUAUAGCCAGGGAUAAAAUGGUGUAGAAUUGGAAUGAAACGUGUAAGUUUUGUGAUUUAUUGUGCAGACAGCUGGAAGUGUUUUGAAACAAUUCUGCAGUGAACAAUCGUCUUCUCAUGGCAUUGGAGCUAUUAAGAUGAAUACAAGACUGAAUGAAUGUUUUUAAACUUUAUUGUUCAAAAUUAACAAAGCUAGUAUUUAAUUACAAUAAAUACAGUUUAUCUAA